AUGGCGAGUGCUCAGCUAGCAGCUGAAGAGGAGCUGCAACAAAGCGUUGUGGUUUCUGAGGAGGACUUGGAGCGCGAUGAAUCGGACUCCUCGAACGCGGCAAUGUUACCUUAUCAAAAUCAGGACGAUACAUCGGAACCCUCGAGAACUGGGUCCGGCAAGCAGUCAUACCUGCACGUCAAUGGCUUGGAAGACUCGACAAUCGAAAGACACGGCGGUCCUACAGCGACCUUGGUCUCUAAGAAUGCUGAGUCUAUCGAAGAUGAUGCGGAAGGAGAGGAGGACGCCCCGGGCGAAGAUGACGGCGCUGCAGAUGCCGACGAAAUUGUGGACCCCUACUACGAUGAGGACGAUGCUGAAGGGGAGGAAGAUGUCGAGCAUGUUGUGCAGCUCAACAUGGAUCAAGAUGACGGCGUCGGCGAAGCAGUUGAACAGUCCACAGAGAGUGUGCAAUCUGGUGAAGAUGAGGAAGACAACGAUGACGAAGGCGUUGGCGCUGUGAAAAUCCGGCCUGGCGACACCGACGACGAAGAUGAUGAUGUCGAUAGCGAACAAUCACAUUCAACUACCGAUGGCUCGGAAGACUCGGACGGCGCAGCUGCCUGGGAGGAUGCCCCAGAAAGUCACGAAGAUGAGGAUGAAGAGUCAGAUGCUGCAGGUCGAACUUUGUGCUUGUUCUGCAAACAGGAUGAAGAACAUGACCCGGGCGAAGACUUUGAGGACUACCUAAUGUGCUCUCAUUGUGGCGAGAACUGUGCGUUUGACACCAAAGACGAGACUUUGCAUACUGACAUUUUCCAGCACAUCAAUUUUGCGCGCGAGAAACCGGUGCUUUGCGAUCGCACGAUGACAUCUGAUCCGCAUAUACACGAUGAUCAAGACGUUUUGGACAAGCAAGAAUAUCCCGAUGUGGAUGGCGAUGACGAUGAACAUGCACGACUUCUUCGAAAACGCCGAACUUCUCUCUCUGAACCCGACGACAGUGCAAUGUUGCUUCGUAAGCGUCGGCGGCGCACGCCUGAAGAACAACAUUCGUCGCGUGAAACCACGUCUCACAACGCUCAAAGCGAGGCUGGUGAGACAGACAAACCUCGAAAGUUGCGCCUCAAGGUGUCUCGGAAUCAUGCCGCCGUCACUAUCACCAGGCGGUCGAAUAGCAUGCUGAUUAGCAUCCGUGUAAACCCUGCCGGCUUACGACAUAUCAUGGUGUCCAAAGCAUCUUCAAAUCGUAAACGGACGGCAAGGAACGAGCCGGCGCGAUCAGUUCGACCGAGCCUCACAGCGCUGUCGACGCCAUUCAUGUCAUCAAGUAGCUCUCAGCCAUUCUACUCCUUCCUUGAUCGAGAGACGGACGAUAUAAGAACAAAGCCCUAUGGCGGCAUUCUUACUGACGUCGAAGCUGACACGUCUCGCACGUUACCCACGAAUGAUGACCGCAGACGCUUUGACGAAGCCAAGCAAAAGGCUGAGGAAGAAUGGAGGACUAUGCACGUCAUCCAGAUCAGCCGCGAAGGCGCUGAAAAGGCCAAGAAGUGUAAAAAAGCGGCUGGUCCGGCUAGCCAAAUCGAGUGCAUCGAGUUUGGCGGUUGGGAAAUCGACACGUGGUAUGCAGCACCCUACCCCGAGGAGUACAGCAGGAAUCGGAUUCUGUACAUCUGCGAAUUCUGCCUCAAGUACAUGAACUCUGACUACGUGGCAUGGCGCCAUAAGCUCAAGUGCCCGGCUAAACACCCUCCCGGAGACGAGAUCUACAGGCACGGGUCCAUUUCUGUGUUUGAGGUGGAUGGGCGCAAGAACCCGGUCUAUUGUCAGAACCUCUGUCUGCUUGCAAAAUUAUUCCUCGGCUCGAAGACCCUCUACUACGACGUUGAGCCCUUUCUGUUCUACGUACUAUGCGAGUACGAUGAUCUGGGCUACCACUUUGUCGGGUAUUUUUCGAAAGAAAAGCGAGCCAGCAGCCAGAACAAUGUGUCUUGCAUCUUGACACUGCCGAUCCACCAGCGCAAGGGCUACGGCAACCUUCUGAUUGACUUCUCCUACCUAUUGACACGCGUAGAGAAAAAAACCGGCUCUCCGGAGAAGCCGUUAUCUGACAUGGGUCUUGUCUCGUACAGAAAUUACUGGCGGCUCGUCAUGUGCCAGUAUCUGCUGAAAAGAUGGGAUGGUGGUGGUGAAGACCGAGGGAGCCCGGUUGGACUGAGUUUCCGUCAGAUCUCAGACGACACAGGACUCACCCCCGAUGACGUUAUCUCAGCACUUGAGGGACUGAGGUGCUUAAUUCGGGACGCCAAGACUGGCCUAUAUGCCUUUCGGCUAGACCUUGCGUACUGCAGAGAGUACGUGUCGAAGUGGGAUGCUAAGCAGUACGUCAAACUCCACGAAGAGGCUCUGGUCUGGACGCCUUACGUGAUGGGGAGAGGAAACACGACAAAUUUUGAGCUGGGCCCUGCCAUCACUGCCAUGGCUCCCCGGGAAGAGGAGGAAGACCGCAAGAUAGUCGCGCCGCCACUUGUUAAUGGCGUUUCAACGGGCGUGGCUUUGGAGAGUCAGGGCUCGGUUCUCGUGCCUGCGGAGAUCGGUCCAGCACCCGAGAAGCUUACUCCAGUAGAUGGUGUAGCAGAUGAACAGCGCGCCUUAGCGGACCAGGUCCGCGAAUCGACAGAGCCUCACGACGACCCUGUUCCGGCGGCUUCCUCCACACCAACACAGUCGCAGGCAGCGGCAGGGCAUGCGUCUUCGAAAGCCUGGUUCGAGCAGUACGAGGGCAUUCUCGCGUCCCGUUUCGAGGUCUACCCGCCAGCCGGUGGGCGGCGCCAGGACCGCCCACGGGCCUCGAUUCCGCGCCCUGCAAUCGUCCGCACGGCCCCACUCAGCAGCAGCAGCAGCGCCAAACCCAGACGGUCAGCGGGUGGCGGCAGCGUCAAGCGGCCAUCUGCGAGCAAGCCCAAGACGAGCGGGACCUCGCGCCGCAAAAGCGGUGGCACUGGCCGCGGCCCAGGCCGUUGGCCCAAGGGCACAAAGAAGAGCGACUAUGGCAACGCCGACAGCGGCCCAGGCCUGCCGCCGGCAUGGGUGCAGGAGCGCCAGAGGCUCCUCGCCGAGAGCGCCAAGAAGAAGGGAACCGGCGCGGCUGCGCACGAGGCGGCCGGCGGGGAAGCUGCCCGGGUCCAGUUUGAGGAUCUGGUGGCGUUGCAUGGUGACGCCAGGGUGCCCGGGGCGGCGGCACCUGGUGGUGACAUUGCUUACACCAACAUUGCGAGUGAUAUCCCGGCUGUUGGAGACGAGUAG